GGCAGCUGUCGUCACAGCAGUGUUGGAUCAACAUGGCCGCGUGGAAGGUCCUCAGCACAGGAGUGGGGUGUCUACAAUCGUCCUUGCCGUUUUGUAGACAGGCCUACAGAAGUUCUCUUGGAGUGGUGGAACAGUUCAGAAGUUAUUAUGUUGACUGGAGGAUGUUACGGGAUGUGAAAAGGAGACAAAUGGCAUAUGAAUAUGCAGAUACAAGACUGCGCAUCAAUGCUAUUAGGAAAAAUACUAUUUUACCAAAGGAACUACAGGAGAUAGCUGAUAAAGAAAUAGCCGCACUGCCUCGGGACAGUUGCCCAGUGCGUAUUCGCAACAGGUGUGUGAUGACAUCAAGACCACGUGGGGUGAAACGGAGGUGGCGUCUUAGUCGUAUUGUCUUUCGGCAUUUAGCAGACCACAACCAGAUGUCUGGGAUACAGAGAUCAAUGUGGUGAUUGGUCUGGAAUGGUGUUUUGGACAGCCUUGCUGUUCAGUGUAUGAACUUUACAACCUUUAUGUGAAGCUGCCUUUAAAAGAGAAUAUAUCCUCAUUUUAGGGCACAAGUCCACAAGGGCACAAAUCUGGAUAAGCAACAAGCACCUGCUUAAAUGUCUUUUUUGUUCUUUUAGGUGGGUUGAUAAAUUGUGAUUUCAAAUCGGCAUCACCACAAUUUGUUUUGCAUCUGUUGAGAUUAUGUAAGUUACAACUGGUAUGUAAAUUGUAUUACUUUAAAUACAAUAAAAUUAGUUGAUUCUA